CAGCUGAGAAGGGAAUGGCCACAAAGGACUAUCUGCCAAGUCAGAGGGAUUGCUGAAACACGACUUCAGUCUGGUUUUCUCAUCAGACAGAGAAAGAUUCAUUGUGGCUGGGUUAGCACCAGAGGCUGUUCUGCUUUCCACUCUUGAUUACCCUGAGAUUUCCCAAUACAGACAUAAGGGAGCAUCAAAAGAACGGAGUUUUUUUGUCAUCAGAAUUAUUUUAAAAUGCUGGGGACCAUAACUAUCACAGUUGGACAAAGAGAACCUACAAAUGUGAUUCUAAAAGAAGAGAUAGCUGAAAAUAUGGAGGCUACACAAUCAGAAGCAACUGAUAAAGAUGACAAAGAUGGUGUGAAAGAAGAGCAGACAGAUGCUCAAGAUGCUACAGAACAGUUACCAUUACCAGAGGAAAAAGCAGAAGAGAUGGAACAACCCAGUGAACCACAGUCUAAUGAUGUUGGAUUUAAAAAGGUUUUUAAAUUUGUUGGAUUCAAAUUUACUGUUAAAAAAGAUAAAACCGAAAAAUCUGAACCUGUUCAGCUACUGACUGUAAAAAAAGAAGACCAAGUGUCUGCAGAUGGAGCUGGAGAUAAUAAUGAAGUCAAGCUAGAAAAGGUGGAAGAAGCAACACAAAGUGAAGUCACUGAUCCUGUAGAAAAGACUGAAGAAAAAACUGAGAGUGAGGAGAGGAAAGAUGAGUCUCCUCCUGAAAAGCUGGCAGAAAGUCCAAGCGAGGAAGCAGAAGGGAGCAAAGUGGCAGAAGUUAAAAAAGAUCCUAGCAAGUCACCAGAGUCUCCAACUGCAUUAGUUAGUGAAACCUCAUCACCACUAAGGAAAUUCUUUACACAAGGUUGGGCAGGGUUUAGGAAAAAGACAAGUUUCAGGAAGCCUAAGGAUGAUGAACAGCUGUCUCCUGAGAGAGAAAGACAAGAGCAGGAAAAGGACGGGGCAGAAAUUUCAGUAGAACCAAGUGAGAAAGAGAAAAAUGAGGAAGAAAAGGAGGUGGUAGAGAUCCCCACAGAAACAAGUGAGAGAGAGAAAACUGAGAAAGAAAAGGGGGACGAAGAAAAAGAUGUCACAGAUGUCCCACUACAAGCAAGUGAGAAAGAAAAAACUGAGAAGGAAGAGCAAGAGCAGACAGUAGCAGAGAUCCCCACAGAAGUGAGUGAAAAGGAGAAGAGAAGUGAGAAAGAUAGGCAAGAGCAAGAAAGAGAUGUUGCAGAGACCCCAGAAGGAACAACAUUGAAAGAAGUUACUGUUCUUUCUGAACAGCCAGUUCUACAGGAGACCACUGUAAGUGUCAACAAGGAACCUGAGGGAUCUUUUGAAGAAAAAAUAGAACAAGUGAAAGAAUAUAAAAUAACCCUAGAGGAGAAAACUGAAAUAUAUGCUGAGGAAAAAUCUGAACUAGAGGCUUCAUUGUCAACUGAAGUCUUUGCUGAAAAAUCUGAAGGAAAAAUGCAAGAAAAGUCUGAGCCAGUAGCUCCAUUGGCAAUGGAAGUUUUUGAUGAGAAGGUAGAGACAAAGGUAGAAGCUCAUGUUAGUACUGUAGAAGAGAAAGAGAUUAAGGCACAUGAGGCAGAACUAGCCCUUGAUUUAUAUGCAGCUGAACAGAGGCCCUCCUCAGUUCCUGAGCAGUCAUUUGAAGGAGAUGCUGACCUAAAGAAAGUCCAACCAACUGAUGAAGUUCUAAAGGACAAAGAAACAGUCUGCAAAACAGAGAAUGAUCUCAUCAAACAAACAGAACUAGUCUCUGAAGAUGUAACUGUAUGUAAGCCACCAGAAGGUAUCACAAAUGAGGUUGAAAUGUUGUCAUCACAAGAGAGAGCCAAAGUCCAAGGCAGCCCAUUAAAGAAACUUUUUACAGGUACUGGCUUAAAGAAGCUUUCUGGAAAGAAGCAUAAAGGAAAAAGAGAAGAAACUAAGUUGGGAGAACCAGCAGAUCAAAUUCAACAUCUGUCUGAUUCCCCAGAGAGUCCGGAAGAGCAAAAAGCAGAGAGCUCUGCCUCUUCCCCUGAAGAGUCAACUGAGAUUCCUUCAGUUGAAAAAGCCAUCAAUGCAAUCCGGGCAAGCGAAACUGAAGAAGGAAUACCUUCAGACUCGGAGCGGAAGAGAGAAAAUGUUACUCCGUGGGCAUCAUUUAAAAAGAUGGUCACUCCUAAAAAACGUGUUAGGAGGCCUUCGGAAAGCGACAAAGAAGAAGAAAUAGAUAAAGGAAAGACUGCCACCCUUUCUUCAACCGAAAGCGCAGCUUCCGAAAAUCACGAAGAAGCUAAAGAAAAUAGUGAGGACCUGAAGUUAGAAAAAAACACAGAAGAACCAAAACGAAAAGUUGACACCUCAGUAUCAUGGGAGGCCUUCAUUUGUGUAGGGUCAUCUAAAAAAAGAGCUAGAAAAUCAUCCUCUUCUGAUGAGGAAGGAGGACAGAAGCCUGCUCAAGAAGGCCAAAAAAUAGAAGAAGGUGGAGAAAACAAAGACACACCAGCAGACACCAUGCUUACCAGUUCACAGGAAAGCGAUCAUGGGCAAGGAAGUUCCUCACCGGAACAAACUGGAAGUCCGUCAGAAGGUGAAGGUGUCUCAACCUGGGAGUCAUUUAAAAGAUUAGUCACUCCGAGAAGAAAGUCCAAAACUAAAAUGGAGGAUAAAACCGAGGAACCUGUCACUGCUGCUAGCAUAGAACAUUCUACUUCUGAUGGGGAGCCUGGAAAAGAGGAGUCUUGGGUCUCAUUUAGAAAAUUAAUGCCUGGCCGAAGGAAGAAAAAGUCAGAUGGAAAACUAGAGCAAGCUCGUGCCGAUGAGGCUGGAGAAACAUUGGCAGAAACUGUGGAGGAAGACUCUGAUGUGCCAGCCGUUGUCCCUCUGUCGGAAUACGAAGCAGCUGAACGAGAAAAAAUUGAAGCCCAAAUGGCAGUCCAAGCUGACGCAGCACAGGAGGGAACUUUAGAGGAGGAUAGAGCUGAAAAAUUACAAGAUGCCUUAGAAACUGACCAAUCCAAUGAAGGGCUUGUUCAUGCAGUUACUGUGACAGUUGUGGAGGGGGAAAGAGCAGUUACCAGUAUUGAAGAAAGAUCACCAUCCUGGAUAUCUGCUGCGGUGACAGAAACUAUUGAACAGGUGAAAGACGAAGAAAAACCAACUGAGCAGAUAUCCGAAGCAGAAGUAAUUGUAGAGGAAACAGUAGUGGUUACUAAAACUUUGCCUGAGAUGAGAAAGGACACAAGUGAUGAUACUUUAAUGAGUGAGUUGGAGUUGACUUCAGAAGCUGUUACAGCUCGGGAAGAAGCCACAGAAGUUUCCUGUGCUGAAGAAGCAACAGAAGUGUCUCUUGCUGAGGAGACAACCGAGAUGGUGUCAGCAGUCUCACAGUUACCUGAAACUCCAGAUACUACCGAAGAAGUUACACCUGUGCAGGAGGUAGAUGGCACUGAGCAAAAUUUGGAAGAAUUAAACAAACACACACGAGAAAUUCUUGAGGAAGUUGCAGAAAGAGUUAAGCUGUCAGAUGAAGCUCAGGUGAUUGGUGAAGAAACUGUGAUAGAAGUAGUCACUCAGACUGCACAGGAAAUUGAAUUAGAAAUAAAAGAUGAAGAGGAGGAGAUAACAGUCACAUCCCAGAUAACUGUGUUUGCUGAACAGUCAGUAAAGGAACAGGAAUUUGGAGGAGGUGACAUCCAACUGGAAAGAGCAGAAACCGUUCAAGAAAAAAAUGAAAUGGAAGAAAAUGCUCUGAAGGAAGUGACUGAGAUAAGUGAAACAUGCACUGUGAUGAAGGAACAUACAGGAGAAACCACAAGUCUUGAUAUACUGACUGAUGAAAGUCAAAGGCAAGCACCUGAACAUGCAACUGUAGAAAGACAUGAAGAAAUGUCUGAAGAGGUGAGUACUGCAGAGACAUCAGACUCCAGAGAAAGAGAAUUUUAUAGUAGUGUCACAAUAACUCCCAAGGCAGAGCUUGAGGUGGAAGCUGAGUAUGUUACUGCAGUAAAACAACAUAUUGCAAAGGAAGAAGGAAAACUGAAUUUAACAGAACUGCCUACAGGUGAAACUGCAGAUGAAGGUGAUCUGAAAGUGGAUGAAGCAAAGGUUAAGUUGUCUGAGGAACUUAAACAAGUAGUAGACAUCAAGACUAGCUUGGAACCAGAGUGCAGCCAUGUACCUGUAUCAGCAGUCCCUUUGCUAAGUGAUAUAACUGCGGUUGCUGUUCAGGGUGGGAGAGAAGAUGUGACACCCACCUUGGAGUCAAAAGGAAGAGAGGAAACUGUAGUGGAGGCUGUUGUGCAGGGUGAAGUGAUGGAGGCUCCUCUGGAGAAAGAGGAGAAAGAUUCUUUUUGUACUGCAGAAUCAAAAAGCACAGGAGUAAUUACAACACAGCUCCAUAUGCAGAGUGAAGUAACUGAGGUCCCUGAGCAGAGUGAAUUGGAAGAAGCCAGAUCUACUGUGGAACCAACAUGCAUGGCAGAAACUUCUCCUGAAGCUUCUGUGCAGAGUGAAGUGACUGAGGAUCCUUUGAAGAAAGAGGUGGCAGAGACUGUGCUUACUGUAGAAUCAGAGCGCACAGAAGCAGUUGUAACAGACGUCUCUCUGCAGAGGGAAGUCCCUGAAGUCCCUGUGCAGAGUGAGGUGGAAGAUGCUUACCUUACUGUGGAAACAGAACAUACCAAAACAAUUGUAAUGGACAUCCCCAUGCAGACUGAAAGAGCUGAGACUGCAAUGCAGAGUGAGGUGGAAGAUUCUGUUCCUACCUCAGAAUCAAAAUAUUCAGAAACAAUUGCAACUGAGGCCACUAUGCAGACGGAGGCGGAUAACGCCAUGCCUCCUUUAGAAACAAAAUGCCCAGAAAAAAUAGAAACUGAGGCUGUCUUGCAGAGCAAGGAGGAAGACGAUGUGUCUACCUUAGAAUCAAAAUGCACAGAAGGAAUCACAGCUGGGGAUUCUGUGCAGAGUGAGGUACCUGAAGUCCCUGUGGAUAGAGAGAGAGACAGUAGUUUAGGAUCAAAAUGCAGUGAAGCAGUUGUAACUGAGGCCUCUGUUCAGAGAGACAUAUCUCCUAAAGAAGUGCCAGUGCAUGGAAAGAGAGAAGAGCAUGUGGAAGCCAAACAAAUGCUUUUACAUACAACAGUGAGUUCAAAGGACUGUGAGACUAAGAAAAUCGAAUCUGAGCAAAUGUUGAAAAUGGGAAAAGAUUUCCAUGAUUCUGGAAAAUUGGAAAUUGCACAUGGUGAUACAGUUUAUUCAGUGCAGCAAGAAGUAGUGGAGCCCCAGGAAGAUAUGGGCUCAGCCAUUCCUGAAGUUGAAAGCUCUGAAGCGCAAAAAGCAUCUAUGCCGGUAACAGCUGCCUCAGUUGAAGAGCAGGUAAUUUCUGAAAUGGUAAGGCUAAUGGAAACCACAGAUGAAAUUGUACAGGCUGUAGCAUCAGUACCUGAAAAACUGCCUUCUGAAAUAGUACAAGAUAAAAGCCCUUCUAUAACCCACGUGGAAAGUGAAAAAGUUGAUGGUCAGUCUAUAGAAUCCCAAAGUACAAAAAUUGUAUUAAAGAUCGUCCAGACCGCUGUUGACAAACUUGAGAGGACAGAAAAGCCAAUGGCUGUAAGCAUCAUAUCUGAAUCACAGCAGCAGAUAGAGUCAACAGACAGAAGUCAAGAAGGUAUAAAUAUAUCUGAAAUACAGAAAUGUGUUCUGGCCGAUCAGCAACUCACAGAAGGUGAAGAGACAGGAGUGAGUAAAGAACAGGAGAUCCAGCAACCAUCUACAAAGGAAAAAGCUCCUCUAGAGCAAACGAAAGAUGUAUCAGCAGUGUCUGGUACAUCUAAAGAGAGAGGCCGUCAGGAUUCAGUAGAAAUUGCAGCCAUCCCUGAAGAGGUUUUAAGUGAAAGUUCAGGCUAUCAAAAGCCAAGAGUAGAAAUUAGUGUUUCAGAAGACUUCACCAAAAAGUCUGUUGAUACAGACCAAUCAGAGCUGAAGAAAACAGAAGUUAAACAGACAGUGGAAAUCCAGUGUAUAAGCCAGCAAAUGCACGUAGAAAGGAAGGAAGAACAUCAUAGCCAGUCAGUGGAAGAUGUGAUGAUGCACAUGGAAGAAGAUGUAAAUAGUCAGGACCCCACAUCUCAUUACCCUGAAAUGAAUCAAAGUCAGACCUCAUUGGCUUUGACUGACUGAGGCCUAAUCUGUAGUUUUACAUAGUUGCAUUGCAUUUGGAGAGACUAAACUGUGAAGAUGACAUUAGCCAAAAGUAAAACCUGCUUUCUGAACUUGUAGACCAAUGUUUUUGAACUGGGAGAAUAGACCGUCAAUCUCUGAUGUCAUUCGAGAGAGCAACUGACAAUCCUGAGACAGGAUCAGGAGCUUGAGCCGCCACCUUUUACUCUCGGAUGUUACACUUAACCCUUCUCAAGUCUUCUCUUUGUGCUCGGGAAAAUAAUACAAAAAUUGUGACAAUUUCUGUCUGACUGACUUCCAUAGCCUAACCUGAAAAGGAAGCUGGUAAUGCCUAGUUUCUGUUCCAGAUUUUCCUCUUCUAACAAGCUUCCAAAACUGAAGUGUAAUUCUUUGCAUAUUUAUAUGUAUAUCUUAAAACUUAGUUUGACUUUAACAUAUUUUUCUCUACCUUAGCGUUAAAUACAAUAUGAUGUACACUUGCAUUACACAACGUAUGAGACGCUAAGUGCAUGUGACCAAGGUGAAGCACUGUGAGUGAACUAUGGCAGGCCACAAAUCAUCUUUGUGAGUUUCCACUUAAUAUAUGCUCACGCUGUAGCCAAAAGGUGUGACUGGAGCUAAUGCAGACAUACCUGAGUUGGCUUUAUACUAACAAACGCAGGCAUUGUUAACAGGCUUGCCAUGGCAGCAAGUGGCUCAAAGAUCACAAAAUGCACUCCAUACCCUGGGUGAAUUCUUAGGCUGCUGUGUCUAUCCUGCUAUACGUUCCUGAGCUUGCUAAUUUUAUAGCUAGGUUAGGUAUAUCUGUGUGAGCAGUCUUCUAGUGGUAAUGGUGACAUACAUUUAAAGGAUGUGAGAAUGGAUAUUUAAGGCAAUACAUUGGUAGUUGUUCUUGCUUCCAUUAAAGAACAUUUGUGGUCAAAAGGUACAAAUUCCUAUUUGGAAACCUACUGAUGUAAGUUAUUAAGCAGAAAUUAAUUUUGAAUGAUCUCCUCUAAGUACCAGGAGUGAGUGCACUAUAAUUGUAUUGAAAACAUUUAAAGUUUGCUUUUUUGCAAUGUAAUAGUUCUAAGAACACCUAGUCCAUAACAAUUCUAUGCUUAUCAUAACAUUUCAAACUGUUCAUCAAC